AUGUCUUACUCCAAGCUCGUCCUCAUCUCCGCCAUUCUGGCUUCGGUCGAGGCCCGUUUCGGCCAGGAGCAGGUGCCCGUUGCCGCCGUCUCCUCUCUUCAGGCUGGCAACCCCGGUCAGGCGGCCACACUCGCCGGCAGCGUCCCCGGUGUCCUCCUCGCUGCCGCCGACCCCUGCGCCAAGCUCAAGCUCGCCGACCAGAUCGCCGCCCUCGGCACCGGCGCCGACGUCCUCGAGGCCGCCAAGGGCGUCGUCGCCGCCGAGCAGAACUUCAACCCCUUCGCUGUCAGCGUCCCCAACAUCUGCGGCGAUGCCUCCCUUCCUGCCACCGAGGCCCUCCGCGGUAUCGUGCCCCUUGUCGACCCUGCCGUCGGCGGCUCCGACACCGAGAACGCCAACUCCAAGGCUUCGCUGACCAACCCCUUCGACGCCACUGGUCUGUCCGUCGCCGACAUCAUGAAGGCCCAGGGCUUCUCCAACUUUACCGUCAAGGGCGCUGCUGCUGGUGGUGCUGCUGGAGGCAAUGCCAACACCGGUAACAACCAGAACAACGACCAGAACAACGACCAGAACAACAAGAACAACGCCAACACUGGUAACGCCAACAACAACCAGGACAAUGCCGCUGAUGACUGCAACGGCGGUGCCACCGCUGGCGAUGCCGCUUCUGGUAACACCCAGAACCAGGACCAGAACAACAAAAAAAACAACAACAACGACAACAACGCUAACACCGGCAACAACAACGCUGACACCGGCAACAACAACGCUGACACCGGGAACAACGCUGGUGCUGGUGCUGCUGCUGGUGGCGCCGCUGACUUCGGCAAGUGCACGCCCACCAUCGAUUUCCAGCUCGGACGUGCCGGCCGCAAGGCGACUGAGGGAACCUUCCUGCCCACCGACGCCCUCGUCGCCCAGGGCCAGCAGGAUGCUCUUAACCCCAACAUCAUCACCAACCGGGUUUGCGACCAGCUCACCAACGUCUGCGGUGCCAACGCUGCCGCCAAGGCCCUCUGCAAGGACGCCCAGGCCCAGAUCUCGGCCUCCGGUGACAAGAGCGCCGACGUCGCCACCAAGUUCAACAGCCUCCUCGGCUUCUAA